AUGUGGAAGCUGAUUGUAACUGCAGGUAGGCCCAGCAACAAAGAAGUUUUAGCUCCAAAGAGUUAGUCCAACAAAACACAUUCUUGACUUGUCUAACUGUCUUAUCUUUCCUUUUGUAGGUCUCUGUUUGACCCUCGGCAGUUUGGGUAGGUUCCCCACACUAUUCAUGAUAAUAAACCUGGGUCAAAAUGUAUGAUAUAAAAUAAAGAUGUCAGUAAAACGUGAUUUCUGUCUUUGACAUAGCUUCUUCCAGGCUGGUGUGUUACUACGACAGCACGGCUGAAACAAGAGAGGGGCCUUCCAGGUUUAUGGUUACAGAUAUUGACCCAAAUAAAUGUACCCACUUGAUGUUUGCCUUCUGCAACAUAAACAACCAAAAUGAGCUGGCUCCCUUCACAGUAGAUGACAUCCAACGUUAUCAAGCCUUUAAUGGGCUCAAAAACAGGUCAGUUCUGUACAUACAGAUAUUUUUAGACUGUUAAAUUUCAUGUUGUUUUGAUUUUAAUGAUUUUAUGCUCUUACAGGAAUCCACUUCUUAAAACUCUGUUGGCAGUCGGUGGCUUGACAUCAGACACUCAAAGGUAAGUUACCUCCAAGUUACGUCUAUUUCUGCGCUCCUGUAUAAUGCAUCAGACUACAGCAGAAAUCAUCAAGCACCGUGCUGAAAACCGAACCAAAUGCAACCAAGAAAAUGACGUAUAUUUUCCCCUCUUUUUUUCUGGGCAACAUAAAGUAAUACUGAAAAUGCAUCUCAGCAACUGCUGAAUGUUUUACUUUUAGGUAAUCAUACACCAAUUUUAUUUUAUUUAUAGUGUGUCUCUGGUCAAACAUUUACAGAUUCAGUACAGUGGUGGCAUCACAACAAAACAGAGCAAUAUUCAUCCAGUCUGCAAUCACAUUUUUGAGAACAUUCGGGUUUGAUGGACUCAAUCUUGACUGGAGGCACCCCAAUGGAGCUGGAAGCCAACCACAGGACAGGCAUGGAUUUACUCUGCUAAUCCAGGUCAGAGGUCCUUACAUUGUCCUUGACAUCGAGCCAAGCAUUUUUAGAAAUACCAUUCUGCUCAUGCCAUGUUGGAUCAUCUAACAGGGAUUGUUCCUGUGUUUUACAGGAGCUCAAAAACGCCUUUGAGGCCGAAGGAAUAGCAAGUGGACGGAACAGUUUAAUCAUCACAGCAACUGUCUCUGCUGAGAGAGCAGUCAUUGAUGCCAACUAUGAAGUGGAACAGAUAGCAGCGUAAAAUACUUUAUAAUGUGCACAUCAUACUCCUGAUCAGCUUUUAUCUAUUUUUAGUAAGAUUUAUUUUGGUUGAAUUUUAUCAGGUACCUGGAUUUUAUCAAUGUACUCACAUUUGACCUUCACCGCUCCUGGGAAGGUGUCACGAGACACCACAGUCCCUUGUACCAAGGAUCCCAAGACACUGGAGACAGCAUCUACUCUAAUGUUGUAAGCACAGAAACAUAUAUCAUAACCAUGGAAACGAAUCUAGCAUGGUUUAAACAAAAUGGUAUUUGAAAAUGUUUCUCUCCAUGUCAGCACUCUGCAAUGCAGUACUGGCAUGAAAUGGGAGCACCUCCACAAAAGCUUAACCUGGGGUUUGGAGCAUAUGGAAAUGUUUACAACCUUGCCUCUACAUCCAAUCAUGUUGGAGCACCUGUAAUUGGUCUUGGUGAUAGAGGCUGUAACACCUGUGCAGACGGGAUGUGGGCCCAUUACCAGGUAAACCUUAAAGCUGUGAUUCUUGUUAUUUUAAUCAAACCAUUUUGACUGUAUGUGGUGUGGUAAAAUUCAGUUUAUUCAAUCCAUUUGUGACUUUUGAACCUUGUCUGUAGACUUGUCAGUACCUGAAAGAGGUUACAGCCACAAUGAUUCCUGACCAGCAAGUUCCAUACGCCACCAAAGAUUACCAGUGGGUUGGGUUUGACAACAGAGUAAGCCAAGACACAAAGGUAGGUAUUUUGGGGGGUUUCAUUUACGAUAGACGACAAGAUAAUCCCAAGAAGCUGGUUUAAUAAGGUGUUUCUGACCCUCAGAUCAGCUAUCUUCAAACAAAUGAGUAUGGUGGAGCCUUUGUCUGGUCUCUUGACCUGGAUGACUUCAGUGGACAGUUCUGCAAUGAGGGUAAAUUCCCUUUCAUCAGCCACUUGCAUUCUCGUCUGGUGCAAGGUAAGUAAAUGGACAAAUAUACUUUGUUAUAAAGUGGUGGUUUUAAACUCAAUGAAUUAAGUCAACACAAUAUCUAAUUCUUGUUCUUUCAGAUACAUCUGGUCUUCAAAUGCUGCCUGCAGCUCCUGCAGCCUACCCAAAUACUCCUUUAGGACCUAACUUCUGUGCUGGAAAAAUUGAUGGGCACUAUGCACACCCCACUCUUGCAUGUUGUUUUUACAGCUGCUUCAAACAGUCAUCCACCUUUGGCAUGUGCCAGGCAGGGUUGAUUUUCAAAGAAAAUUUUCAGGUCUGUGUUAGGAAUGACACAAAUCUUUCAACUCUGAAUUCUGCUGCUACAUUAAGACCAACCCACUGUCAGGAAAAUAACACAGCUUUGACAAAUGCGGCAGUCCCUGGAAGCACAACAACAGCCCCUACCCCUACCCCUACCCCAACCACAAUUGCUACAACCACAACAACAGCCCCUACCCCUGCCCCAACCACAACAACAGCCCCUACCCCAACCACAAUUGCUACAACCACAACAAGAGCCCCUACCCCUGCCCCAACCACAACAACAGCCCCUACCCCUACCACAACCACAACCACAAUUGCUACAACCACAACUACAGCCCCUACCCCUACCACAACCACGAUUGCUACAACCACAACAACAGCCCCUACCCCUGCCCAAACCCCAACCACAACCACGAUUGCUUCAACCACAGCAACAGCCCCUACCCCGACCCCUGCCCCAACCCCAACCACAAUUGCUUCAACCACCCCAACAUUUGCUGGGGACCCUAACUUUUGCUUGGGAAAAAAAGAUGGGAACUAUGCUCACCCCACCCACCCAAGCUGUUACUACACCUGUGUAAAUCAGUCACCCAUCCUUAAAAUGUGCCUGGCCGGUCUGAUUUACAUAGAAAAAUUGGAUAGAUGUGAGUGGAACAACACAAAUGUAACUUUACUACAGAACACUGCUACAUUCACCACACUCAACUUAUCUCCUUCAACUGCCGUGACAUCCAAAGAAGCAACGUCUGCUCCUCAAUAUAUACCUGAUUCCAAUUUCUGUAUUGGAAAACCUGAUGGGAUAUAUGCCGACCCAAAUAAUGCAAAAGGUUAUUACAGCUGUGUCGGUCAAAUUACGUACUAUCAACCCUGCCCGUCACUUUUAGUUUUUAUAGAGCUGAUAAACCGCUGUGACCACCCCUCUGUUAAUGUGACUGCCAUACUAGCCCGCCAUGCAAGUACAACACCAACAAAUGCAACCGCAAACAUGCCAGCAACUCAGGGGAACUUUGGGGACCCCUGUCAGGGAAAAACUGGGCGUGUGCCUGACCCUCAUAACCCACAAUAUUUUUUCAAUUGUGACGGGAAUGGAGUUUAUCAUCAAGCCUGCCAACAAGGGACAAUCUUCAAAACCUCUUGCUUUUGCUGUGAUCAUCUCUGAAAAGAUGCACAUGACUCAGGUCACAGUCAAGAAGGUAGUUAAUCGGUAGUUUUCGCAAACAUAAUGUCAAAAGAGUGAGACAAGAAACAGAAGGGGUCUUGUGUUCCUUGAAGGGUGGAUAGGAGGCAUUAUUGAAGCUGUAAAAUAUUGUAAUUUUUCUGAUUCUUUGAUUUUGAGUCAUGAAAGAGUAGGCUUUUGUUCCUUGUUUUCGACUUGACCAAUCUACUCUGAGGUGGAGGGAUCUGAAAUCUAAGAUGUUAAAAUGUCUGUCAAUAAGGUAUAGCAUAUAUAUAUUACUUUGUUAAUUAAUAUACUGCUCAUUUACACCCACUGUUAAUUUCUGUUGCAAUCUGUUGGAUGUUUUUUAGCUUUCAACAUUACAGCAAAAAUGCCUUACUUAAUUGUUGAUUAAAAUAUACAGUUUAUCUGUUAAUGAUGGUGUAUGGGAAUCUUCUGUGUGGACUCCCUCCUGAUAGAUUUGUUUUGAGUCAUUGCCUGAUUUGAUUGAUUUUUAAUAAUGCAGCAGAAUUAUGAAUCCUGUAUUUCUGUUGUAUAUUUUAUCCAAACUUUUUCAAUGUAUUAAUUAUAACAAAUAAAUAAAUAAUUGAAGAAUAACAAAUAUUUCAAAGUUUGUCAUUGUGUGUUUGUGAUGUUAAAGAAUGGAUAUUGGGAUAUUAGUUAUUCUUGACUGUUGAAGUGCGCCUACUGUCCUUACUGCAGCCAUUGCUGGUUCAGCUUCUGCAUAUCAUCUUCCACUCUACUCCCACACUCUAAGUCUCUAUACUCAUGCACACACAUACGGGGUUGCACUCUUGGAAAAUCUUUUAAAAAGCAUGCACUGUGUUGUCCGUAAUAAUUGCAAGUUGCCACAACUUGAUAUUAUGAUUUUUUUUUUAAAUGGUUUCUAUGAGCUUCUGUCAAGUUUUCAAGACCAUGGGGUGUGGAAAUGAUUGGCAGCCCCUGCUGAAUGAAUAUGUGUGUGAAUGACCCCUGUACAUCACACUAUUGCCAUGUGCCUACCUUGAGGUAACUUUGGAUUUGAUUUGUCAGAAGAUAGAGCAGCAGCACACUGAAUAAGUAGCUACAAAUUUUACAAAAAAAUAAAAAAAUAAAUAAAACUAUUAUGAUGUGAAAACUGCUUUUUUUCUUUUGGCUCACAUGAGGUACCAUUGUUCUAGACUUAAACCCGGAUCACUCUAUACACUAGACACUAGACAUUACACUACAAAACAGGUUUACCUGACCUGACCUAUGACGGUUCUUACUACCUCUACUUUUUGACUGUGGAAGUUAGACCAAGUAAUUCAAGACACAGCUUAAACUACAUGUGUAGAGAGCAGGUGUUCCAAGCUGACUUAAAGUGCAUCUGUACAAGAUUUGAACCCAAGACCCUUUUGUUUUUUAGGCAAUAGCCUUCACCACUACCCUUAUUAAAACUGAAAAAGUCAAAGACAUUCAUUCAAGACGACCAUGGCUCUUCAAAUGCGUGUGUACCUUACAGCAGAAAUAACAUGUUCUGAAAUCUAGACUAAGGUGAGGGUCAAGGAGAGACCAACACUGCUCUCUAUGCUACUUACUAAAAUUCUAUAUGUUGUUCAGAUAAGUACAUCCCCAUUUAAAAUAAGGUGUACCAUCCUCCUCCUUUAUGAAUAACUUAUAAUUUGGGGUGGAGCCAGGGUGUGGCGAUCUCCUCCCCCCACACGUGUCUAUCCAGUGUGUUGUGACAGGCUAUCAGUCAUUGCUGUUGCGUUUUUUUGUUGUUGUACAUUUUAAAGUUAUAAAUAUAAACAGGAAUGUAAAAUCUGAUACCAGGUUUGAAACUCAAAUACAACUUAAAAUGUUUAUAUACAGAAAGAAGGGCUUAAAAAAUGUGAUUCAUUCAUGUCUGUUUGUGUACGUCAUGCCACUCCCGUGAAAGUCAGUGUCUCGGUUUGGUAUGCCUUUAUUCAUGUUUUGAAGCCCAUGUAAAUUUAGGGGAAUUACAAGAAUGGGAUAUAUCACAUUCAAACUUGUAACUAAAAAUGAACUCAAUGGGGGCCAGUUUCAUCUAGUAGGUACGGCAGAGGUCCCAUCCACACAAGUUUUAACUCCCAGCCAUAACUCUUUGAUGCAUGUCCACCCAGAGAGACACUUUCUGUUUCUCCUGUCCCUCAAGAAAAAAUUCCCCAAAACAAAUUUACGGAUACAAACCAAAAUAAAAAACAAGUGUAUGAUUAAAGAAGUAGACCGAUCAGACAGGUUGGCACAUGUUCUGAUGUGGCUUUAUAUAGUCUCUUGGAUAGCUUCUUAGCUGUUUUACAUGAUUUACAGUCAGACAAGUUCUUAACAUAUUUCAGGUUGCUGUCUUUGAAAACCUUUAUUUCAGCAUUUGUUUGAGACGCUUUAUUUAAGAUGCGGUCUCUUUAAGACCCCCAGUAUUUCAAAACGCCACAUUCUAGGAGCCGCCUACAUUGUUGCCAUGAAGGAAAGAUGAAUUUCUCUUUAUAAAUUGACAAAUUUGCUCAUUUUAUGGGAUUAACUGCCUGGUGAUGACACAAUUUCAAGCAAAUCCCAUACUGAGCUCGUUAAAUUCUCGUGUGACUUUUUAAACAAGCCUCCUGUAGUCCCAUUUGGGGAUUACUUUAACACGCAUUAACCUUGUAAUCUGAAACUUUCCCAUGUAUACCACUGAUGUCUAAAUCUUAUUUGGCAUUUGUCCUCUUUAAUUUACCUGCUUAGAUUUUAUUGAAAAUUAGACUUUAUUGGUUAGCUAGCUGGCUGGAUAGAUAGAUAGACUAGUACUUCUACUGUUGGAUGGGUGAAAUCCUGAAAUAAUUUGGUCGACUUUCUGAAAAAUCCCAGCAGAGACGGGUUGUAUAUUUGACUAUACCUAAAAACAAGCUAUUCAUUCAGUUUAAAAAAAAAAAAAAAAAGGAGGGCCAAAAUAGGCUAAACCGAGAACCUGGCCGUACCCGAGAAAGACCUGCUGAGACAUGGAUGCCCCCUAAAAAAUACUCAAACAUUAACCUUUAAAUAUUCUGUUUUAUUGAAGCAGUAUGAAAAUAUUGCAAGGGUUCAUUUAAAAAGCAAGUGCUUUUUGUCCAACCUAUGUUUUUCAAUGUAUCUCACCAUUCAAAGUGGUAGCAACAACACUUUGGUAGGCAGGUGUUUCUAGCUUAAAUGGGUGUGUGCUAUCAAAUUAACUCAUUCAUAACAAUAGCUUUGGACAAGCCCUGUAAUAAUGCUGUUAUUUAACAUCCUCCCAUCAAGAAUGUUUCUCCUCGUCAUUAAAACCAACUAUUAAUAGUAAUCUGUACUCAUUGUCUUGUCUCGAUUACUGUGUAAUUAGAUGUGCCCAACAUGAUGACGCUGUUUUGCUGUUCCUUUGUUAUGCUAGCCCUCUGAUGCACGCAGUGUACCACUGUUCAUCUUAUUAUGUAUAAUUUGAUGUACCUUACAUUACAUCAUGACCUUAGUUUAAAGAUUUUUGGAUUUCAGGGAUUCUAUGAGAAACUGGCAAAAACCAACAGAUUGAAAAGAGGGCUUUUCGUUAACUAUGUAACGUACAUAAAACUGCUGUUUUUGUUGUAUGCUAAGAUGUGUUGGUGUGUCCUUUAAAUGCUCUUAAAGCACCAGCGUUAAAUCUACAGUAAGAUUAGAUUGAAGUCUCAAAAAUGACUGCGUAAGACAGGAAUAUAGCACUGUGGGAUAACUUUUAACAAGGACCAUAAUGAUUUUAUCAAACCAGAAAUCAAAAGCUGCCUUUUUUACCUGGUUCAUCUCUUCAUCACGGGUUCAUAUUAUUGAGUGAGGCAAUAUCUGUUCUAUAUCUUGGCGACAAAGCAACAACUUACAACAAAUGCUUAAAAGGGUAACAGGUUAUAUUUUUAAAAAUCGAUGAGUCUUUUAUUUGCUGUAUUUGUGUUUGACUGUGUAAUAUUUUAAGUGUUUUCUGACAAAUCCUCAACUAUGUACUAAUAUAGAUAGAGGAAAAAAUGUUAUUAUGGCAAGACCCCCCAAAAAGUGUUAUUGUAUAUAAAGGCAGGGUUCUGGUGGUUCACUUUUUCAUAAACUAGCUAUAGAACAGUGGUAACGAACAAGCAGUGCAGUCACUCAGAUAUAAAAAAAAAACUGAUACAUUACAACGUGAAAUACAUCAGUAUUAACAAAAAUGUAAGGUCACGCAGGAGUCUGAUUGAGUUUUAACAAUAUACAAACACUGAGAACUUUGGGGUUCAUAAGAGAAAAAGCACAUUACCGAGGUACAUUCAAAGUGAUACCUGAAACCUAAAGGGCAGGGCAUGAGUUGGCCUCACCUGUGCUUCCAGCAGUGAUGAAAUAAUUAGACAAUUAUGCUGUAGAUAAUGUAAAAUUGCAUUAAUUAUCACCGCCCUCCUCUUUUUUUUUGCCACACCUUGUGAGCUCUCAACUUGUAUUAAAGCUCCGGCACCUGUCCUCCAUCACUCAUUCAACACUCAACCACCAGCCACUCAACUGAGGACUCUUUCGACAUCACCCUUGUGAGUACUCACUUUAUUUUACAAAAUAUUCCUUAGCUACUAAGCUGCUUUUUGGGGUCAUCGGAUCAAGUGCUUCUUUUUUUGUAUCAUACAUCUUGGCUUCACUGCUUACAUGUGAGGUGAAGGAAGUUAAACUUAAAGUCAUUUGACUGGCUGUGUCUUUUAUGAUAUUGUUUUUUACUGAUGAAAACAAACCCGGCGCGUUAAUUGUCGAUCAAAUUCAGCAUAUCUUGUGGGACACACAAUGUGUCUGAGGUAUAUUCAGUUGUGUUGCUGCAUGCCGAAGGUAAUUCAGUGAUCAAGAUCUAUGAAUCUGUAAGUUUUCUUUGACACACCUGGAACCUGCCUCUGAUCUUUGGGAUUAAAUGAUGUAAAAAGAGAGAUCUUAUACCAAAGCAAUCGCUUGGCUAAAUGCACAGAGUUGGGUUCUGAAAUGUGGAAAUGUUGCCAAACUGGUUCUCCUCCCUCAUCAUCUGGUUCAAACCCAGUCAUGAAUCUGUUGAUCAUGUUUUAUUGUGGGUGGUUACUAAGCACAAUAGCUUCAAUAGCUACCCUUUCCCACUCCCUUCCUACCUAGUAAUUAGUUACAUAAUUUUCUAAAACCUGUUCAUGUAAUUAUUGUUAAGGUAAAUGAAUGUACCUUUUGUUAUUAUAUAAAUCCUUACUCACUCAGAGUGAAAAUGCAGUAAAUGUUACAAAUGUAUGCUGUAAUUUGAUAGGCACAACACCUUUUAUGGAAAUGUAUUUCUCACAAUGAAUCAUUCUUUUUUUGUAAAAUUCCAUAAUUAUCUACGUCUCUUCAGCUGCUAUUAAAAUCCUCUAUUUCUGUAUUUCUUUACAGUACCAACAUGUGGAGGCUUACCGUAACCAUAGGUAAGGCAAAUUGUUCAAAUUUAUUUCUCACUACAUUAAAAUCUCUCCCCCUCUUAAAAGAAAGAUAUAUGUGCUUGAAGUGUUUUUAUAACCUCAUACUAACAAGCUUUUCUCUCUAAAGGUCUUUGUUUGACCUUUGCCAGCUUGGGUAAGUUCAUUGCACGCAUCAAACAUCAUCACAACCCUGCUUUCACACAUACAAGCCCAUUGAGCAAACUGCUACUUUAAAAAAAUGCUUAUAAUAAUAAUUUCCUUCAAUGUUUUAGCUUCUACAGAAAGGCUGGUGUGCUACUACAACAGCAUGGCCCAAGAAAGACCGGCACAAGCAAAGCUCAGUGCGUCAGGCAUUGAUCCAAAUUUGUGCACCCAUCUGACUUAUGGCUUUGCCGACAUCAAGGAAAAUGAGAUCGUUCCCGCCAGUGUUGCUGAUGUUCAACAGUAUAUCGACUUCAAUGCACUUAAGGAAAUGUUAGUACUUCAGCCUAUAAAUACUGUGGAAACCAUAAGGUGGUUGAUGUGUUUCAAAAACAAUACACAACAGAAAAUAAUAAUAGUCAUAAAUUUCUGCGCCCUCACAGAAAUCCAUCUCUGAAAACCUUGUUGGCUGUUGGUGGCCCAACUUUUGACACACAAAAGUAAGUUUUAUCUUUUUUAAUGUCUGCAAAAUGUUUGUUCACACCAUAAUAGGGCCAUUGCACCCACACCCACAAUGAAAAUGUGCUCAGAAGUGACCUUGUACCUCCAGUGCCUUAUUGUUUUUUGUUAUGUCUUAUUUCCCAGGUUCAGAGACAUGGUGCAAACAAAAGGAAACAGAGCAAACUUCAUCGACUCUACAAUCAAAUUGCAGAGAAGAAUGGGAUUUGAUGGGCUUACCCUUGACUGGAGGUACCCCGGUGGAUCUCGAAGCGAGCAACAGAGCAGGCGCAAAUUCACAGAGCUGUGCGAGGUUAGAUGCAUUUUCAGAAGCAUGCCAUACUCUAACUGCUGUGUGAAUAUAUUAAAAUCCAUAUCUGAUGGAGACAUAACCCCACUUCUGUGUUGUACAGGAGCUCAGCGACGCAUAUAAGGCUGAAGCAACAGCAACUAACCAGGACAGACUCCUGCUCACAGCAUCUGUCUCAGCUGAGAAAGAUACCAUUGAUGAAAGCUAUGAAGUGGACGAGAUUGCCAAGUAAAAUUCUUUUUGAGUAAUCACUGCCUGCCAACAAUAUAUAAGUGUUAUUUGUCAGUGAAGGUGAUGUCCUCUGCUUGUUAUUAGGUACCUGGAUUUUAUUAAUGUGCUGACGUUUGACUUCCACGGCCCCUGGGAAGAAAAUAUCGGACAUCACAGCCCCUUGUUCAAAGGAUCAGAAGACACUGGAUUCGACAUCUACUCAAACACUGUAAGCACAGUGGUCUUUAUUUCCACAUAGUUAUUAUGUGGUCCAUGAGGUUCUUGACUCCUAUUAAUUUUGAUUUUUCACUUUUUAGGACUCUGCCUUGAAGUACUGGCAGGAGGAGGGAGCACCUGCAGAGAAGCUGAACUUGGGGGUGGCAGCCUAUGGGCGAGCUUUUUCUCUCUCAUCUAACGCCGCUAAUGUUGGAGCACCAGCUAGCGGUCCUGGUGAUCAAGGCUGCUACACCGGUGAAGAAGGACUUUGGUCCGUUUAUGAGGUAUGACUGCAAGCUGUGGAUUCCCUUUUCUGUCAUGAGCUUAAAAAAAGCCAACAGUUGUAUUUGGUUGUAUUUUUAAUUAUUGCUGAUUUUUUUUACAUUAAAUCUAACCCUUCUUUUCAGAGAUGCCUUUAUCUUGAAGACGUAUCGACAUCUCGUAUUGAUGAUCAGAAAGUUCCUUAUGCCGUAGUAGAAAAUCAGUGGGUUGGAUUUGAUGAUGACACCAGCCUUAAAGAAAAGGUAACUAUCUUAUAAUUCAAGGUGUUGCUUUGUGAUAUUUGGCAGGUUGUACAUAAGUCAGGCUUCAGUCAUUUUUUUAAACUAGCUAUUGAAUUUUUUUCUUCAUCUUACCCUCUCAGGUCAGUUACCUCAAGAGUAACAACUUAGGAGGGGCCGUGGUCUGGUCUCUAGACCUGGACGACUUUACUGGAGAGUUCUGUAACGAGGGUAAGAGCCCCUUCAUCAGCGAACUGCAAAAUCUGAUAGCGUCACAAUCAACAACAACAACCACAACUAAACCUACAACAACCACAACUGAAGCUACGACAACCACAACUGUCUGGAUUCCAUUUGAUCCCUGUUUGGGUUUGGGCGAAAUAGAUGGGGCUCAACCUGACCCCGAUAGCCCGCAUCAUUUUUACCUCUGUGAUAACGGAGUAGGUACAAGAAUGCCAUGCUUUUUUGGUUUGGUCUUCGAUAUCCGUUGCAGCUGCUGUAAUUUCAACUUCUUUGCAUGAGAGUAAUCCCUGGUGUGUGUACUGCUUCUUUUUACCCACAUAAUUAAAGGCUUCCAUUUGAAAUUUCUGAUUUUCAUAGCUUAGCUGCAUGCGAGAGGAAGAAGCCUUAAAGUGGGUAUCUUUGCUUCUUAAAGCUUCAGUUGUCCUAAAGCAAGAUGGUUUACAAGCUGAGUAAUGUCAUGAUUGUUUACUUUGAGAGCGGCCAUUUCCUUCCAACUCUGUCAGUUAAUGAACAACAUUAUUUAUACUAUUUAAGUCAUAAUAACAUGAUUAAAACCUAUGUGUAUCUUAUUGAUUUAGCUUUGUAUGUUCUUGCUGUCUUUACUGCAGUUAUGGUGAUAAGCCUGCCCUAAUUACAUUUUUAUUUUUCAUCUGUUUGUCAUUGUUGGUGUUUUAAAAUCUGGCUUAUUGGUGUGUGCUCAAUGAUUUGUGGCAGCAUCAAAUGAUUGUAUCUGUAUUUUGCAAUUUGCAACACAACAACACAUAUUUAUUAUAUAUACUUAAAAGUUCAUGUUUCUAUCUGUCUGUCAAUAACAAUAAUAUAACAAUAAACUCAUCAUAAUAAAAUUUUGCAUCUGAAUUUUUUCUUAUUCUCCCUGUUGUUAUUUGACUAUGUGAAGCAAUAUUGUUUACCUCUCUUGUCUUAUCUACAGUAUCAGUAUCUGAUCUAAGAGUCUACCUAGUGGGAACAUUAUUCCAAGCAUUCAUAAACACCAUCUUGGUUGAAGAUGACCAUCAUUCAGCUUAAAUACAUGAUUUAAUAGAGUAACUACAUAAGCUUUAUUUCUAGAACACCUCACAGUUUCUUGAACUAAAAAUAUUGAAUAUAAUCGCUCUACUUUUUUUCAUGUGGAGGGCAAUUUUUCCAAAUUUUGACAAAUAGUAAAUAUGCAAAAUAUCUUACUCUGCAGUAUAUGUCACUGUGUUCCUGUGGCUUAUUCCACACUUGCAGAAAUAUUUAGGCCUCACUGCAUACAUAAUUUCCAACCAUUUGGAUCACUUGGAUUUAACAUAAACAGGCCAUAAGCUUCAUGUGCUGCAUAUUUGUCAGUCAAAUGUAAAUGAAACAAUUAAGUGAUAGAUUUAUGUAAUAAUACACCCAAUGUGUUUAGAAAAACUAAUGAAGAUUUAUGUAUUCGUCAUUGAUAACUUCAAUUUUUUUCUGUCUCAUGAAUUUUAACUAAAUGAAUCCUGGUUGAACCACAGUUUGUCAUAUUUAAACUAUAUUCAUACAUUUUAAGUGAUUAAGUUCAAUCCUUAUGUUAACUGUGUUUUAUUCUUUAGAUCAGUUUUUAGUGUUUCCUGUUUUAUUUUGUAGUAGUCGAUUCCUUGUGUUUCUAGUCUGGUUUUACUUUCCUAGUUUUCCCUCCCUCGUUAAUCACCAACGAGUUUCACCUGUGUCUCGUGUGCCUCACCUGUUGCUCGUUAACCAGUGUGUGUAUAUAGUCUCCGUCUUCCCCUCUGUUCUUGUUGGUUCACUGUGUGUUUGUCAGUGUGUGCAUAUGCCUGUGUCCCCAGUUGCUCCCUGUGAUUUUUUGUGGAUUUUGCCUUGUGGAUUUUUCUCUUUUCUUGCUUUUUUUCAUUUACUUCUUUUAAUUAAAUCCUUUUCUGUUCUGCAUUUUAGGUCCUUUCCCUUUUUAUUUAACUUGGGACUGUAACAGAAUUAACCGUAUUAAUAACUACCUCGUCAUUAUUUAUACAAUCAAACUAAUAUUACAAUUUUUGGAAGAAGACUAUUGCCUUGCUUUCAAAUUGUAUGCAUCAACAAAACCAAUGUGACGUCACAUUAUGAAUACAGGACAAUAUUGUGGAUUAUAUUCAUAAUCAUUGACUACGAAUGGGAAACAUAAAGACAAACCACAGUGAAAAGAUGAAAAGAAAAGCUCUCAUUUUCUUACCAAACACAGAAACUCAAUCUGCCUCGACACUGAAAAAUCUGUUCACCGUGAGCGCCAUCUUGUGUUGAAACUGAUAAAAGGAUCAGAAGACACUGGAUUCGACAUCUACUCAAACACUGUAGGCACAGUGGUCUUUAUUUCCACAUAGUUAUUAUGUGGUCCAAGAGGUUCUUGACUCCUAUUAAUUUUGAUUUUUCACUUUUUAGGACUCUGCCUUGAAGUACUGGCAGGAGCAGGGAGCACCCGCAGAGAAGCUGAACAUGGGGCUGGCAGCCUAUUGGCGAGCUUUUUCUCUCUCAUCUAACUCCACUGAUGUUGGAGCACCAGCUAGCGGUCCUGGUGAGGAAGGCUGCUACACCGGUGAAGAAGGACUUUGGGCCUUCUAUGAGGUAUGAUUUGCAGUUUAUAUUGUGAUCAUCAUUAUCUGCACACACUUUCCAUGUAUUUGUUGUAUUGUAAAUCCGUCUACCUUAAUUCAAUCUAAAUAAGAAAUCUUGACUUUCUUUUUAGAGCUGCCUUUAUCUUGAGGAGGGUACAGUAUAGCGCAUUCCUGAUCAGAAAGUUCCUUAUGGCGUAGCAGAAGACCAGUGGGUUGGAUUUGAUGACGAAACCAGCCUGAUUGAAAAGGUAAUCAUCAUCUCUAUCCAAAGUUAAUCAGUGGCUAAUUUGACAAUUUCAGGUUGCACAAAAGUUUUUUUUUUUUUUUUUUACCAAAUUUUGAGGUUUUCGUAUGUCUCAUCCUCCUAGGUUAAUCCACAACAUCCACAACUCUUCCCCUUACCAAAACAACAAUUCCCUCUACAACAAUCAGAAUCACAGUUCCCCAGGCUACAAUUGUGCCAACAACAACUACAUCAAAAACUCCAACAACCACAGCUGUCAGAACUAAGAUCACAACUUCACCAACUAAAACCCCAUCUCAACCAAAUACAACCGCAACUCCACCUAUGACAACCAUAGCUCCACUGACUACAGCCCUACCUACUACAACUACAACCAUAAAACCUGCAACAACAUCUCUUCCUACCACAACUACACCACCACCAACUACCACCAUAACUCCACCUACCACAGUCCUGCCUGCUACAACUACAACUGCAAAACCUACCACAAAAAAGCCACCUACAACAACUACAACCACAACUCCACCUACUACAACCACAAUUUCACCUACAACAACUAA